AUGGGUACCAUAGAGCCCCAAGAUGAACUAACACGUCGUCGUGAGCGAGGCCGACGCUCACAGGCAGCUUUCCGCAGGCGACAAGCCCAGUCCAGUCAAGCGCUAGCAGCUCAAAAUGCGCGUCUAAAGCAAGGCAUCCAGAGACUACUUGAUGCAGCUCAGGGCGACGAGCGACCCGAGAUGCUUGCAAUCUUUCGUGACCUUGCAGCAGCUGUUGAUAUUGAAGCUCCAGCGAGCGUCUCAAAGAUAGGGACAGCGCGUUCGAACACUGAGGCUUCGGAUAGCGACGCAAAUGAUGUCCAGAGUUUGUUCAGUGGCAUUCCUCUGCCGGUGAACCCCUCGCAAACGACCCAUUAUCGCCUAGAUUGCAGCAUGUGGUUAGACCCGUUACAUUACAUACGCGUCUCGAUGCCUCCCCAAGACAUUCUACCAUACCUCGGGCCGGGUGCAGAGACCUUUGCUGGCCUUCUCUUCUGGUCCGUUAUGGAACAUUACCAGACGGUAUGCACGCGACACAACGCACAGGCUGUAAUUCAACAGGGCCUAAAGCAUUCGAAAGCAACAAAAGAUAUCAAUCCCUCUUUCAUCGAAACCAUGGCAAAGGCAAGGGUCGAGUAUAAACAAACGGGCUCCAUCAGCCAAGCACAUGCUGUCGCCGCUGAGAGGGAUCUGGGACUUGUACUGUGCAAUCUCAUCGAGACUGAGUAUAGAUCUAAUGGAGAAGACCCAAAUCAAUGGUUGUCGUGUAUUGGGAUUGAGAAACGACUCAGAGAUGAAGUGGAUGAUGAUACAUUGGAGAGUUUGAGAAGAGCUGCACUUGGAGAAGGGAAUGCAGUCUUGCAGUAUCUACUGGAAGGUGUCAAGUGUAGGCUGUACGACAGCUGUGUCUGUUUUGGGGAUGGACCUCGAUGGAACGUCGAUAUUAUUGAUCAGCUUUUUGAUCCUUUAGUUAGACGUGGAAUACAAGGGCAAAUGGUAAUAUAA